GCAUGGCCUCCAAGCCUUCAGCAGGCCCCACAGGUAAUACUGUGUUUGCAGUGCCGCCCCCAAAUGGAUAUCCCAUGAUGCUGGGGGGCAUGCCGCAGGUGUCCUUGUAUCCAAGCUGCCAGCCUCAAGUCCACCUCAUUUCUGGGAACCCAUCCAGUAUGGAGCCACUUGCUAGUCUGCAACAAGUCCAGAGAGGUCUGAAGGAGGGCAAAGUCUUGGGGGCCCUGCAGAUUUUGAUUGGCCUGGUCCACAUGGGUCUGGGUGCCAUCAUGAUCACCAUCGCCACCAGCUACUACUACUCAGCCAUGGUGCUCUAUGGAGGUUUCCCCUUCUGGGGGGGCUUCUGGCUCAUCGUUUCCGGAGCUGUCUCAGUAUCCGCAGAGAAACAGCCACAAUCUCCUUGCCUGCUGAAUGUCAGCUUGGGCCUGAACAUCUUCACUGCCAUCUGUUCUAUGGGGGGAAUCAUACUCCUCCUCACAGACUUCAUUGUCACAGGCAACCUUCCUUACCCAGACUACAACUCCGGGAACCCGGCCCUGGCGAUGGCUGUCUCCGGGGUGCUGCUGGUCUUCUGCUUACUGGGCUUCUGUGUGACCUGCACUGCUUCUCACUUUGGCUGCCAGGUGGCCUGCUACCAACAGCAGAGCAAUGUGGCCGUGAUCUUCCCAGAAACCUGUGUGGUCAACCCAGGGGUCAACCCAGAAUACCCACCACCCGCUUACUCCCACAACCCCUAAGAUGACGGGCAUGGAAAACCCAAGGUUCCAAUGCAUCUUGAACCUCCCCUCCCCAGAGCCCUACCCCACUAAGGAAAGAUGGAAACAGGCUGGGGGUACGGGUGCACCUGCCAACAUCCAUGUCCAGCAGAGAAGCAACUACAGAAGCCAGAACUCCCACCCUCUGCACCCCCAAAAAGAAUUUUGGUUCAUACUCCUAGAGGGGUAAAUAAUAGGGAAAGAAGACCAGAGGGCUCUGAACCCCCAUUCCACCAGGACCCAAAGUUUCUGUCACCAGGAAUAUUGUUUUUAUACCACCACUGAGAGGGAAGUGAAUCUGGAAAACACAGAGGAAGCUAGACACUGUUUGUCUUAUCUGGGAGAGAAGAGGAAAAAAGGAAAGACACUCAGAAGUAGUAAUAGGAGUAGGGAUGAGUUAGAACAGAAGUGAAGACAGGACUGUUGAAAAAAUAGAAUAUAUAUACAUAUAUAUAUUUAUUUAAAGAAUUAGCCCAUAUCAAUGACCUUGGGAGAAAUACUGCAGCUUCUAAUGCAGGGGCUGGGGACACAGAACUCUGGUGGUGGGGAAUGUAUGGAAUUAAAUCCCUAUUAUUUUACAAUUUUUUAAACAAUAUUAAAUCACUAAUAAAAAAUAAAGUAAAUUAAAAUAAAAAUGAGUGUUUCACACAAAAAACAAAGAGAAAAAAGAAACAGAUUUUAGUUUGGGAACCAAAGAAGAGCUGUGGGAACUUCCAAGUUUGUCCCUGGCAACCCAGAAGAAGGUGUCUCCCCAAUUUUGGGCCUCCUGGACUUCACUCCACCUGUCCUGGUAGACUGAGCUGGGCCUUUAUUUGAA